AUGUUUUGUCGAUUUGUUUUUAUUCAUACACUACUUAAAAACCAAGUAUUCAUUAACAACGCCCCACAAAUCGAUGGAAAUGAUAUAACUAUUACAGAACAAAAAGAUAUCGAUGAUCCAUCAACACUUGAUAUCAUCAUGAAGAAUAAUAUUAAAAGAAUUUUUUAUAAAGGAAAUGAUAUUUCAUCGAUCCUAACAAUUUCAGUAUUCCCGAUGAUUACUUAUGUCGAUAUUGAUGCACCAAAUGUUUACAAUAUUCCCAUCCAAAGCUUUGAAAACUGUGUAUGUUUAGAAACAGUUAAGCUAUCUAGUGGUAUCAAGAAAAUCGACUACGCUGCAUUCAAAAACACAGGAUUGAAGAGUAUCAAUCUUGAAAAUGUUGAAGUUAUUGGAUACUAA